AUUUACCGGUUUCCGAAUUCUUCGACUUCAGAUGAAGUUUUUGAAUCGAGAAUUUCGCCGAUAUCCCGAUUAGCCGAUGCAAUAAAUCGGCAGGAAUGUCCUGCGUCAGCGCCCUGCACUCGCAACUCGUAACUCUCCUAUCCGUUCCCCACGAGAUCCUUUUCCUUCGACACAGGGUCUUCAAGGAGUACGUCAAAAUCGCCGUGGGUCCAGAUUUCAUUCAUACGCUUCCCUCGUUCAUCGUCCUCACCGCGAUGAUCCUCGUACUGUGGAGAAGUCCUCCUAAAAUCGAAUGUGCUACGGUCGUCGCGAGCAGGGCCGCCGUAUUCAGAGCAAUUCAGGUCUUAGCCAGCUGGAUCGUCGUCAAUGCUGUGAUCUGGCUCUGGUUAAUCUUCCAGAGAAUUUUAUACUGCUUCGUCUGGUCCUACUGGAGUUACGAGUCCGAAUAUCGCGAGACAUCGAUGCCAUGGUGGCAACGCGUGUGGUCCUCCUAUUACCCACCGCCUCUUCAACCUCCAAUUUUCUCCGCUGGUUUUAUCAGUUGGAUUUUAUCCAUGAUGGUCGCGAUCGGAAUUCUAGGGUGCGCAACGUCUCCGAACCUCGUGAGAAACGUCCUCUCGGAUUUGGUAAUCGCUGCCCGAGAUUAUCUGCACGUCGUCAGAAACUACAUGACGUGGUCGACGAGCAGAUUCCGAGAGGCGAUCUCUUCCGAGAGAUGCAUGGCGAUCGACGAGAGCGAAAUCAGUUCGGUAUGCGACGACUGCCGUUCCGAAGAAUCGGCUGAUGCGAAUCAAGGGAGAAUCGCACGUCGCGAAGUCCACCCCAUCUCCUACGGUACGAAUUGGACACCACGCCCAAAUUUUUCCGGAUACAAAGCGGAGACCGGGAGAAAGUAUCAGGAAAAGGGAAUCCGCAUAGCCAGCACCGUAGCUGGAAGCUUGACGCGUAGAAACGAGGAAAAAUUAUCACCCAGGCAAACGCGACAUCGCAGGGGCUGUCAUACGGUAAUCCCAAGUAAUUCCAGCGACAAGUCCAGCGCGUGCUGAAGAGGCGCGUGCGGAUCGCACCUGUACUUCGAUGGAUUUUAGAUUUGCCACAGGCGAAUCGUGUUAACGAUAAUCGCAUACAAAUGCUGCAAUUUCAACUGUCGUGGGAAUAUUAUGUUAACGGGGCUAAAAUUUUGUCGGGAUCGUGACGAGCAGCGGGCGAUAUUUUUUGUAGAAUAAUUUAUUUUCGAAUAAUAAUCUCUGACACACUUAAUUUCACGUACUAUGUACAUCGUAAUCUUCAUUCGAUUCGAUAAACGAGCGUUAACGCUCCGCCUCAUCUUCGGUAUUUUAUGAUAAAAUAAUGUUGCAGCUUUCUCCGACGUACAUUGCGAAUACGUUUACACGUUAAGCGGAUCGAGCCUAUGCAACAACGAGAGUUUGUGAAAGUAACUUCGGUACGAUGUACGGUUGUUUCAGAGUAAUUCCGUAAUCGUUGAAAAACGUAAAAUAGUUGGGUCAUUGAAUAAUACAAAUGAAAUGAUAACAAUUAACGGGCGUUACGACAGUGGGACGUGUACCGUGCACACGGAGCUUGAAAAGAUGGAUCGAUUUCCUUACGUCAACGUGUCACGUGUCCCGGAUAGUUAGAGUUCUAUUAGUAAGUUCACGCGGGUCAUACAAGGUCGAAUGUAAGUGAAAAUAGCCUGGAUAGACGUACGACGAGGAGGAAGCUCGAAGGAGAAGGACAGACGAAAAUUUCGUUACAAACGAGAUCGCGAAUGGAUGAUUGAAUUCCAGAGAUCGACGGAUAUUUCAUAACACGCCGCUUUCCAGGGCGCAAUUUUUUCCGUUAUCAUCCCCGUCUGGUUGAAAUUUCUGCGCGUCGUCGACGCUGCAAAUCUUGACCGAACUGCGUCACCUCUUAAUAAAUGUAGGCGUACAGGUAUAUAUAUAUAUUGUACACCUACAAGUCGAGUCCGCAGCUACGUAUCUGAAUUGCGACGUAUGUCAGGGGUGUGUGCAGCUGUAUAGAUAUAGAAAUUGUUUCACAUCACCUAGGGGUAAAGGCAACCCGGAGAUAAAAGCGCAUGCGUUUGGGGGCAUGGCACUCCCCUCAGAAUUGCGCCGUUCGUUUUACUCUACAACGACAACCCUUGUGAGGUAGGUCGCUCAAGGCUCCACAACCUUCUAGAUUAUUCCGACUCCGGGUCGCGUACACACCGAGAAAAAAAAAAAGA